AUGGGCUCUUUAGACCAGCUUUCCAAUGAGUUGAUUGCUCUGAUCGCAGGAUGCUGCCAUGCCCGUGAGAAGGCAGCGUUUGCCGCCACGAACAAGCAGUACCACGCCAUCAUCAACCCCCUGCUGUACAAGUUCAAUGUCAACAAGGACGUCGCGAGUGCCUUUCUCUGGGCCGCGAAGCACGGCCGAGUCGACACCAUGGAGCGCCUAGUCGAGGCCGGCGCAGAGGUUAACGACAUGGCGGCGUCCAUGUCCGUCAAGCAGCUCACACCCCGCGACAUCGUCUCCCUCAGCCCCUCUGGCUUUUCGGAACUCCAUGGAGGUGAGAUACCGGUUGAUUGCCCGCUCGACGAGAGCCACUGGAAACAUGACAAACAGCAGCUUGCUAGGAGGCUAGACGAGCUGGGCGCCGCCAGAAAUAUUGCCGUGUUGCAAGAUAUCUUUCGCCGCAACGUUGCCGAGGAUAGCGAUGUAACGAACAAGGUCUAA